GAGGUGUCUGCCGAACGGUGGGUGCGAAAGCUGCGAACAUGGAUGGGGCCCAGCGGAGAAUUCAACAUGCGCCAAAUGUGCGGACGGCUGCCGAGAGUGUCCGUUUUCCCAUACAGAAUGCACUGCUUGCGAACUUGGAUAUGUCCUGCACAGCUGGAAGUGCCAUCCAUGUGUCAAGAACUGCCGGAACUGCUCGUCUUCGGGUCUCCACGGCUGCGAUGAUUGCAGUCCUGGGUUUGGCUUGGACAAGAUUUCCAUGGAGUGCGAGGCUUGCCAGGUGGAGAACUGCCUGGGAUGUGAUGGAGAGACCUGGCGGUGCAGCCGCUGCCGAAAAGGAUUUGGGGUGACUUCCUCAGGUCUCUGCCAGGAUUGCGGGGAAUUCUGCGCUGAAUGUGUUUCGAUCGACGAUUGCAAAGUGUGCCGAACUGGCUGGGUCGCGCGCGAUGGAAAGUGUGUGGGCUGCGCAGACAGGUGCAGCAGCUGUGACAAAGCUGGGCCAGCGAAGUGCGACCGUUGUUUCCAGGGCUUCCAUCUGAAUGCCGAGGGGACCUGCGACAGAAGAAUCAAUGUCUGA